AUGUCUAGUGGUCGUACGGCGGGGGGAGGGAGGGGGGAGCGGGAUCUAGAUCUCGGCGCACGCGGGCUUGUCCCACAUGAAGGGGGCCCUGAUGCGCGGAGAGGCGGCCGCCGAGGCAGGGCAACGACCGAAAAAGCGCGCCAAGUCGCAGACAAUGCGGCGCCACAAAAUGGAGCCCCCGCUCCGCACGCAUCGACGAGAAAUGGCGGACAGACUCCGCCUACCGCAGCCCAGCCGGCAGCUGGCCCAUCUGCAGGACAAAGCGCCGUUGCCCCGCCCACAGCGCUGCCGCGCAGGCAGGUAGUCCCGGCCGCUGCACCCCUGCAGCGCCAGGCUCCCCUCCCUGCAACGACCCAGCGCUUCGCGGACCAAUCAGCGCGAGCCUUCCCGGCCCCGCCGGCACGCGCAGCGGACCAACCACCGGCAGCCGCGCCUGACCUUGCGAGCCCCAAGGACUUCCCGGAGCCAAGAUGGCGGCGUCCCACGGCGCCCCGCCAUACUGUCGGCGCCCAACAAGAUGGCGGACAAAUGGAGACCAACGCGCGCCAUGUUGUCGGCGGCACCGCUGCCAACGAAGCCCGCGUGGAACGGAUGCUCAGCUGCAUGGAAACAAUGAUGCAGCAGAUGACUGAGCUCCUGGCCGUGGUGCAGAAAGUUGCAUCCGCCAUCCAACCAUGCAGCCAUCAUGCCUGA